CCCUAUAAGUAAAGCUUGAUCCUGAGUUUUUCCUUAAGCACACUUUACCAGCAUCAGUUGUUUAACCCUUCACUGAAUAGCUGCAGGUACACAAUUGUACCGUCUCCCUAGAGAAACUUUAUUUAUAUAUGUGAAACAGGACACCCUUCUGAAAAUGUAAGCACAUACGCACCCUAACAUGUGAUCAGAUACAAGGUUCUAUUUAUAACAGACCUGCACUGAGGGUCCUCCUGCAAGGGCAGUGGGACUCUAGUCAGUAGAUGGUGCCAUGCCAGUGCUGGAUUAACACUGAACUGUUUACAAGCGUAAAUAACAGCUAAAGAUGUUAGAAUAAAGCCUGCAAUGGAUGACUUUGACCACAGUGUGCUGAUAGCAGAGCAGGAUUGGGAUUAUUUCUAUACAGAAAGCGAGGAAUGCUCAGUUCAGCAGGCUAAACUCGCAUCCUUGGAUGAAUCUGGUCUCAGUGAUGUUGAUGAUGAUAAAAUCUCUAUCUACGUGUCUUCGACUCCUCCUCAAAUCAGCCCUCAUGCAGAAGAAAAACAGGCCGCAGCUAUACAUACAUCUCAAAAUUCUGAAUUGACCGAAUGUUCCAGCCCUAAAAACGACUUUGCUGGACAGAUCUGUGAUGCUAGAUUGAAAGACCAGGAAACCACGUCUGAAUGUUUUUGCCUGGACAACAGUUAUGAAGAAAUUAGCAACACUGAGCCAUUAAACUUGGUUACAGAUAAUGGAAAUGGUGAGAAUCAAGGAGAGAAUAAAGCAACGUCCUCACUAUGUAGUCAAGAUGAAAAUGGAUCAGAAAAUGCAGUAACCAAAGUGACAGACAGUUCACCAGUGCUGAGACAAGAGAAAGAACGCUGGUUUGUCACUGUGAACGACAGUCCGGUCCGUCUGAGAGAAAAGGUUGGCACGUCAGGCCAAAAAAAAAGAAGAAAAAAAAACUCUAAAAAUGGGAGUCAGCAGAGUGGAGGACGCGAUAGCCUUUCUGCCUUAAAUAACAAUGCAGAGAAAAUAAAAGAAUUUUCAGAGCGACGAAUAAUGCCGGAAAAAUUUCCGCGACCUCCCAAAAGCGGUUCUGACGCCUUACUAUCCAAUACAUGUCUAAAUAAGGAAAAUUAUUUAUCCAACUCAUGCAAUAUUCAAGAAGAAAUUGAACAUACACCUCACAAUUUUGUCCAAUUUGUUAAUAACAGAGGAGAGGGAAGUCCCAGAUUUAUUUUGGGUGCCUCUACACCAACUGACCCUUUAAAUAGUGAAGGUACAGGACAACAAGAAUUAUUCAAACAGUCCAAAAAUGAAAAAGAAUCAUCUUCUUCCCAAGACACACUAUGCAUACAAACCUCCAAUACCAGAGCUAAGACCCCAGAUGAAGAUUUAGGUCCAACUCGACCCAUAUUUGCCAUUUCUUCCUUUUGGGAUGAAAUGGAAAAAUUGACAAUAAGUGAUAUAUUGGAUCUUCGAAUAGCUAAUAACAUGUCUCCACUAAAAGAAAGCAUUAUUCCAGAGCAACUUAACUUUUUGGACACCGUUGAAGUUCAUGAGGGGAUCGUGGAUUUUAAAGAUGAUAGCAUAGAAGAUAUCGUCCUGGUAGAGGACGCAGCGGAUUCAGACUAUUUUACACAUCUGGAUGACUGUAAACCAGAUCGGUCAAGCUGCGAGUUCUCAACCUUUUCUGAUUACGAUGAAGAUUUUCAACAACUUCACGGAAGUACAAACCACAGCCCUGAGCCCCGUGAAAGCAAAACCCAAAGAGUUCUUGAGCCUACUUGUGCAAAAAGCUUCCUCCAAGACGACCAAAUUUGGCCAUCGAAUGAGAUUGUGAGACUGUAUCCUGAAGGUCAUCUGUUUUCGGAAGCACAAUCACAGAUCCGGGAUACGUUUCUUACAACUGAUCAUGAUUUAAGUUGCCAUCUGUUGGACCACUGUGACAUCAGGAGAUCCACACCUUCACCGGUUUUAUCAAUGUCAGAUGUUCUAGACGAUCAGUGCAUGCUGUCCAUGUUUGAAAUCUUGAAUGACACGGAUUCAGAACAAUUCCGGACAAGAACCCCAAACAGACACGUUACAGUUUCAUUUCCGUUUUCGCAACACCUGUCUGUGCCGGAGAUGUACGAGGACUUCUUUACAGACUUUGAAGUUGGGAAUUUUUUCUUUCCUUCAGUUCAAAGUACAACAGAACUUGAGAAAAACAUUGUUCCCAUAUAUUCUUCUUCUUCUCGUUCAGUGGUGAAAGAAAUGAUACAGUCAAACAGCAAAAACGAAAGUACGCCAAUUGUAGCUCAUUGUAACUCUUCUGGAUCACAAAACCUGUUCUUUAUCACUGACCGAAGAAAUCCUUGGAGAAACCUUUCCUUGAGACGAAUCAGGUUUUCUUUCAUGGAAAGGAUCUGGUUCAGGAUGGCCACCUCUUGGGUUUCUCCAAAAAUUCCAAUGGAUGGCGAAGUCUUUCAAGAAAAUUGGAAUAUUGGAACAACAUCAAAUUCAUCUUUAACUUCUAUAAGUGUCCUGGAAAACCAGGCUCUUGGACAUCUGACGGAAAAGCAGAUGUAUGCAGGGUCUACUUUCUCAGGACCAGGUAUAGAUCGCUUUCGGUUUUCUAUAAAGCAAGCAGACAUGUGCCUUGUUUGCAUUGCUUUUGCAUCUUGGGUGUUAAAAUCAAUCAACCCACAAUCUACAGACAUGUGGAAAGCAGCUCUUCUGGCGAACGUGAGCGCGAUAUCUGCCAUCCAGUACUUACGGCGAUACGUAAACGAAGAGGAUGAACCAUAA